CAACGAGCUCAUGCACGACAUCUUAGUGGCCGGAACUGGCUCCAGGACAUCCGGAAAAUAACUAAAAUGAGGUCGCAAAAGCAGGCCUCCAUGUAACGAAAAGAACCGCGGAAGUGUAUACACGCGCUCGAUCCCGAUACGAAAACUACCUAGACAUUCCGUACAAGCUGAGAUAUGAUUGAACGAGGGAAAAAGCGCAUGCAUAAUUGCUGUCCUAUCAUCGGUGUCAAUGAAUGAUGGCUUGACCUGCCGUCGUGAGCUUUUCCAAUCACCGCAUACACGGAGUCCCCGGCUGAGCUUCCAAAUGGUCCUGCCUGACUCAGUCCAAUCAUACAUACCUGGGUACAUAUGUGUGUGCUUCCUGUGCAUGACUUUUACAGACAUGCACGUGAUAUAUGUCUUUUCAAGUACACAGGUACGUGAACUGUGUAGUACGCUCUCUGCCGACCUCUAAAUGUACUACCGAUAUUCUUGCUCUCAGCAAUUCCAUCUAGCUGACGUGGUACACCUAUUUGUACUAUCUUAUUUUUGGUUUACUAGCUUAGUUACGCAGUUAUCUCCUUUUGAACCUGUACUAACAGUUGGUUUGAGGCUUACCUCUUGGUCUACUUCAGGUAUCAUCCUAUAGUUGUACUGUGAAUCCUAUAUGAUUAGUUAAUGUCAAUAUUAGCAUUCAUAUGAGCACGUCCAAGCAGCAAACCAGAAUGGACUUGUUGCUCUCCACCAAAAAGUCAAAACAGCAAGAAAGAGAAAAAGGAGACAACCAUGAUGAACGAUGCCUACAUCCUUGACUACAGCCCAAUAGAUCCAAAUCAUAAGUACGCAGGCCACCCCGUUUGUAUAGGAUGCACUGUAAAAAUGGAGAAAUCGUCUUAUUCAUGUCCU